CGCUCGGCUCCUCUUUUCUGUCUCUCUUGCUCUCGUUGUUUAAAACAUGGCUGCGUCCUGAAAACACGCGUCAACAAACACUUCACGCUCGGCGGGAUCGGUUUUCAGAAGAAUACCUCACCUUUCAGCGGCUGAUAACGUCGGUCUUUCCUAACGGAUGGCUAUUCGAGUGGGCGAGUCCUUCGUGAGGAGAUGUCUGCGCGCUCCCGCCCGACCGUUACUGCUGGCAACCGUGUCACUGCGUCCGCGAGCAGCCUUUCGUCCUGGAGCGCUGAGUGGACAUGGUUUUCCUUUCACUCCAGCCUGUUCUGUGUCCUCCAGCGCAUUUUUGGACAGGCUGCUGAAAGGAAAAAUGCCUGGUGUGGAUCAGGGACCCUGCCAGCAACCCGUGCCUCCGGAUAGAGCCGGGCAGCUUUCUCUGUUACUGAGGCCCCCAGAUCAACCAGAAAAUCCAAAGACUCUGAGAGUGGCUGUUAUUGGGGCUCCAAAUGCAGGGAAGUCAACACUCACCAACCAACUCCUUGGCAGGAAGUUGUUUGCAGUCUCGCAAAAAGUACAUACAACAAGGUCACGUGCACUUGGAGUGAUCACAAUGGACAAUACUCAAAUUAUUCUGCUGGAUACGCCUGGUCUUACUACUCCCUUCAAAGUUAAAAGGCACCAGCUGGAGAAUUCCCUUCUAGUGGAUCCACUGAACUCAUUACGAGAGGCUGAUUUAGUGGUGGUUUUAGUGGACAUCUCUGACAAGUGGACCCGCGAUAGACUGGACUUUGAGGUGCUGAAGUGUCUCACCCUGAAUCCACACAUUCCUGCUGUUCUCGUCCUCAAUAAGGUGGACCUCCUGAAGAACAAAGCCUUGCUGCUGGACAUCACAGCCAAGCUGACCGAGGGUGUUGUGAAUGGUCAGAGACUGAGGGUCCGCGAUGUGGUGAAGAUAUUGCAGAAAGAAAGAGAUGAGAUGCAGAUGAAGGCUAAAACAGCCCUGGAGGCCCAAACGGGAGAGGAGCCAUGCCCAAACUCAGACACUCAAGACCAGACAGGCCUGAGCAGAGAGCAGCUGAGAACCCUGAAGAGCCGCAAAGGGUGGUCUCACUUCAAGGAUGUGUUCAUGCUGUGUGCCGCAGAUGGGGAGGACGUGGAGACACUGAAGAGAUAUCUGAUGGUGGCUGCAAAACCAGGCCCAUGGCAUUACCACAGUGACGUACUGACAGAUCAGAGCCCAGAGGACAUAUGCGUCAACGCAGUCCGUGAGAAGCUUCUUGAAUACCUUCCGCAGGAGGUGCCUUACACCAUAUCUCAGCACAUUGAGCUCUGGAGAGAGACUGAGGAUGGCAAGUUGGACAUAUCUGUCAAAUUACACGUGAAGAAGAACAGCCAUAUGACCAUGGUGAUUGGUCCUGGAGGUCAGGUAAUGGCCAGGAUAGCCCGAGAGGCAGGCGAAGACCUCACUAAUGCUUUCAUGUGCGAAGUGCGUCUGAAAAUAUCUGCCACUCUGAAGAACUGAAACAGACGGUUCAGCUGCCCCAAGGAUCUGCACUGAAGUGUGUGAACAGGACACUUGUACAGUUUCUAAAGGAUGACUACAGAUGUCGUUACUCAGCCCGCUGCCUCAACCUGUUUAUAGGACCUCAGCGUAUAUAUAUAUAUAU